UUACCUACAAAAUCAUAUUUUUCUUCUCCUAAAUUCAUAUAUAUAUAUAUGUACACAAAAUUUUCUCUCUCUAUUAUAAACUCACAAACAAAUUUUGCCUAAAUAUUCGUGUGCCCUCCAAAGUUACAAAUGAUAUAAAACGGAGUAAUACAUGAAAUUUAUCUAUUCACUCUUAUCAUAGUCCCCUUUAAUCACCAUUAUAAAAAAUUUGUCUUUAAUAAAAAAAUAAUUCAUCCCCUUACCAGAAAAUGCAGUAUGAGACCGUCUUUUCGUUAGCUGAACUGCUAUUCGUCGUUCGCAAAUUACAGGAUGACGCUUCCAUUUUUAUGUGUAUUGACUAUUUUGACCUUGAUUGUUUUAAUUCCAUAUAAGGCUCCACCAUGACUCACUUUAGCUAGUAAAAAGUUUAAUAUUAUUCCCGACCCCCCACUUGUCUUUAAAAAAUCCCAACCCACCAAAAAACCCGAUACCACCAUUGUACGGUAAUUCCGACCAAUUUUAAAAAAAUCCCGAGUGUGGUAGUUGGGGCCCACUAUUCACGAUGAGCGACGACAACUUUAAUACGCCGGAGCAGUCGUCGGAAGAAUCUGAUUCGGAGGAUGAAGAAGGCGGUGACAGGGUGGAUUAUAGUGCAAAUUUCGUGACAGACAAGGUUUUUCGAACGUUUGAUGAAGCAGUUAGUUGGGCGGAUGCUGUUGCAAUAAAUCUGGGAUUUAUUUUAGUGAAAUCGUCUUUCAACAGACAGAGGGAUGGUCGACCAUAUCGAUAUUUAAGAUGUGAUCGGGGACGCAUGAGUAAGCCGAGAGAUCUUGAGAACGCAAUAAGGAAGGACACGAAAACCAAAGCCAAUGGUUGUCCUUUCUACAUCAAGAUAUCUUACAAUUUUUUUGACGACUGUUGGUUUAUCACGGCGAAAAAUGAUGUAACUGGGACCCACAACCAUCCAAUGAUUGCGUAUCCAGAGGGGCAUCGUAAAAUAAGCGGGUUAAGCCCGGAAGCGAAGCAGGUUGUGUGUAACAUGACCAAGUCUAAGGUAGCACCGCGUAACAUCAUGGCGACUAUUGCCGAGCAAUUUCCUCAAGAUCAUCCAAACAUCAGACACAUCUACAACUGCCGAAAUGACUUCAGAACCGAGAUGUCAGAUGGUAGAGGAGUUGUUCAACAGUUUCUACAUUUGGCUAGACAGAGUCGGUAUGUGUACUGGGUAUUGUCUGAUGAUAAUGGCGUUUUACAGCACGCCUUCAUGGCGCAUCCAGUCAUGAUAGACAUCCUACGGACGUACCCGUAUGUGAUCGGUAUGGAUUCCACAUACAAGACCAACCGAUACGGAAUGAUGUUCUUUGAGAUAGUUGGUGUGACACCGACAAAUGGCAUGUGA